CAGCACCUCACUGUGCCUUGCCCUGCAGACAGCACCAAGCCCAUCUGCCUGCCCUACUUCGAUGAGGAGCUGGAGCCAGGCACCCCGCUGUGGGUGCUAGGCUGGGGCUACACGCAGCAGAACGGCAAAUUGUCAGAGACCCUGCAGCAGGCAGAGGUGAGGCUGAUCAGCAUGCAGAGCUGCAACCUGGAGGCGUACCACGGCAAAGUGACGCGGAAGAUGCUGUGUGCAGGGCUGCCCGAGGGCGGGGUGGACACCUGCCAGGGAGACAGCGGAGGGCCACUGCUGUAUUCAAACAGGCACUGGCAGGUGGUGGGCAUCGUCAGCUGGGGCUUUGGCUGUGGCACCCCCAGCACACCCGGUGUCUACACCAGUGUCCGAAUGUACCUCGACUGGAUCUACACCGUCCUCAGGGUCAGUGCCCUUUGCACCUUACU